AUGGCAAUGCCACAGCAACGUGACUACUUAGUCGUCGGUGACAACGUGGAUGCCAUCCCGACUUUGUCCAGCCUCAACGUACCACCCACCACCGGCAGGAUAGUCGUCCUGAAUGGCUUCCCGGGCACAGGCAAGCUCACUAUUCUAAAGCAAGCCAAAAAGCUCUUGCCCGCCGACACGACCAUCCUCUUGGACAACCACCUGCUCAUUGACCCCGUAAUGGCAGUCAUACCUGACCGAAGCGAUGAACACCACGAGCUGCGCCGCAAGUUACGGGCGCCCAUCUUUAAGAAGCUAGGAGAAUGCGCACAAGAGGGCUACGUCAUCUUCAUGACAGCAUGCCUGGCCGAAGAUGACGUGAGGGAUACCGCCGUCCUCAAGGAGCACCUCGACAUGGUGCGCGGGACCGACGUACCCAUCAUUUGGGUGAAUGUACACUGUGACCAGACAGCCCUGGAGCGUCGCCUUAGGAGCCCCGAGCGCUGCCAAGGGGCCAAGACGAAGCUGACGGAGGUGCGCGUACUCCAGGACCUGCUGCGUGAGCACCGCCUCAUUGAGCCGAGUAAGAGCGCCGACGGAUCGACGAAGCUAGUAGUAGAAACCUUGGAUGGUAAGGAGGGAAGGCAGAUUCGACUCACCAUUCCCGACCACGGAAAACUUGAGAGCAAGACCUCUGGGAGGACACGAACAGAAAAUACAGACGGAGUCGAGCUUCGGGGGAAACUGGAGGUAUGCAGACGGGCAGACGGCUACAUGCGUGAUCAAGGCCUCUUCAUACCCACCUACCCCACGGUCAUUGGCUUCGACAUCUCGGGGCUAGUCCUCAAGGUCGGCGACAACAUCCCCGUCGGUGCUACCGAUGAAGGAGCGGUGCCUCGUCCCUGGCAGCACGCCCUGCCUCUUCCGGAUGAGGGUAUUUCUUGGAACCAAGCGGCAACCUUGUUCGUCGCCGUUGAGAUACCCCUUAACGCGUGGGAUGUUACGGGGAUUUCACGGGUGGGAGAGGCCACUGCUUCUUCCUCCGUCUCCGCUGCCCCAGUCGGCGCCGAUACCAGCGGAGGAACUCAGGAAUAUAAGAAACAAAAGAGAGACGCCCUAUUAAUCUGGGGCGCUUCCUCUAGCGUGGGCACGAUAGGCGUGCAAAGCGCCCGGCUGCUGCGGGAAGAUCGCGACUCUUCUUUUGCUGCCAUGUACGCCACGGCCGGUGCGGCGAAUUAG